AUGAUUGAGUUUGCCAAAUUAUCAAAAUAGGAGAAAGAGAAAUAUAUCAAAUUUUUGGUGGAUAACAAGAUUGAAUUCCAACAAUCUGAUUAGGGAUUCACUGCUAGUUUCAAAGUGUAAAAUAAAGAAAAUGUGGAUCCGAGUAGAAAGUCGAUAGAAUAGAUCAAACGAGCAUCAUCUUAUUUAAGAACCCCAACAAGAUCAGUGUCGCCUUUGAGAAGGAAAUUUACAAGGGAAGAUGCAAUAAAUUUGAUUUAAGAGAUAUACUCAAAGAAAUUCGAUGAUGCUUCAAAGCAAUUAAAAUUAAAGAAUGUGGUCAAUGAAGACUUUGGUGUUUAUGUGAUGAGAUUUGCUCAGAACAAAUAAAUUGACAUAAAAGAUUGUAUGCAGAUUUAGGAUGAGAAUGUGUUUCUAUUUAAGAAAUUCUUACAAAAAGAAUACGAAGAAGAAGACCUGAUGUAUUAUCUGUUUUUGAGGGCGAUAGUGGAAAAGGAAAUUGGACAAUCAAUAUAUUAAUCAAAGAAAAGUCUAGAUUUAUAAAAAUAAUACUUAAGUGUUGGUCAAGUUUAAAGUAUAAUAUCUACAGUGUAUGAGAACCAAGUAGAUGAGGUUUAGGAGUUACUGGAUUAUUUUAUGAAUCAUUUCGAAAACAAUAGAAUCAGUGCAUUUGAUUUCAUGGCUUUGGCAUUAGAGAAGUACAAUAAUGAUCGUAAACCAUAAGAUAAGAAGAUAUUAAUUGGUGAGCAAGUUAUAAAUGAGUUAUAGAAAUUCUUUUAUUAAGAAGUUGAGGAGUGCACUGAGCAAUUGUUCGAUCAGGUCAAAUUGAUAGUGAAUGACUUGUUGUAAAGCAUAUUUAGAUAGGACAAACGAAUUUGGAUCAAUAGGGUGCAGAAUGCGAAACCAGAGGAUGUGUUGUAUUUGGAAGGGUUGUAGAAGCAAUUCAAAAGUUUGUCUGCAAACAAACAGGACAUUAAACUAUUCAGCAGGAAGGUAUUGCAAACACCUUAAUUGAGCAGAUGUUUUGGAAAAUUGCUGGAAUGA